CUAAGAUGGCGGUCAAUUUGUGGAGUUGUGGUUUUCUGGUGAUAAAGAUAUGCUGCUAACUUGAGUGAAUUACUGUGUUUGUCAUCAUGGGGCACAAGGGAAGUAAGCUGACUCAGGAAGAGAUGCGAGAGCUGCUUAAGUGUACUUACUUCGAUAAAAAGGAAUUACAAAAGUGGUAUCGAGACUUCAUGAAAGAUUGCCCCUCUGGUGAGCUUAGACAAGAGGAGUUUCAAAAAAUCUACCAGCAGUUUUUUCCAUUUGGUGAUCCUUCUAAAUUUGCAGCUUUUGUGUUUAAAGUUUUUGACAAAAACUCUGAUGGAUCAAUUAACUUUACGGAGUUUAUUACUGCUUUAUCAAUUACUUCCCGGGGAAGUUUGGAUGAAAAAUUAGAGUGGGCAUUUAGUCUUUACGACCUGGACAAAGAUGGAUACAUCACAAGAGAUGAAAUGCUUAAGAUUGUAGAAGCAAUCUAUUGUAUGGUGGGUAAUAUUAUAGAUUUGCCAAAAGAUGAAGACACACCAGAAAAAAGAGUAACCAAGAUUUUUAAACAAAUGGACAAGAACAAAGAUGGCAAGUUAACUAUGGAGGAGUUUCGUGAGGGUUCCAAGUGUGACCCUUGGAUAGUACAGGCCCUAGCUAUUGAUCUACCACAGGAGGAUUCCUCACAAGCUGAUGAUGACUGACCCACAUAUUUCAAUUUCUCAGAAAGUGUGAUCUACACUGUCUUACAUGUGCAUAUAGCUGGUAGCAAUUAAUUCUCCUACAGUUAGCUUGGAAACUUUCAUUGAACAAGUCAAUAUUUUUCAUUUAUGUGUUGGGCUUUUGUUCUUCACAUUCAGUGGUCUCUCUGAGGGAGGUGCUUCAUUGAACAUUGGCCCAUAAAGUUAAACGACUUACAAUUAUGGUUGAGAGGUUAUUCUCACAGAGCAGUGAAAUUUUAAACGUGAAUUCACAAGGAAAAGGAAUGUAUACUGAAUAGGGCACAGUAUGAGAAUGAAAUGGGAAUAUUCUUAGCUUAUAAAAGGAUGCUCCACUGCAAGGAAGGGUUUUCCUGUUCAUAGAGAUGGAGGAUGAAUACCUUCAUUACCAAGGAUAUGCCUUACCAUGUAUGGAGAGAUGGAGAGAUAAAGUAGUGAUGUAGCUACUACUUAGCUGAUCAGUGUUAGCUUAUUCACAUGAUACACUCUUUGUUAUCUAGCAUAUGUAAGAGGCAUUAUUGAAUUCCAAGACUCCUCUAUUCCCCUCCGCGCACUUUCCUUGGAGACUAAAAUGUUGAUUGACAUGUCCCUAAGCCUACGUCAUGACAGCAUUGUAGUUUAAACCUUAAAAUGAUCUUUCCACUGUGCAAAUUUUGAUAAAAACCAUAAUGUAAGGGAACAUUUAUCACAACAAUGCAAACACUCGUUUUCACUUACACUGGAGUUGUAAAAUAUUCAUUAGGUAAGGCGUGAAAUAAUUUAUUAUUUAUGAUUUGGUUCCUCUUGUGAACAAGUGUAUAUGAUCUCCUGUAUCUUUUAGUUACUAUUUAAAGAGUGUGUAUAAAAGUUACAAAUCUGUUUGAAAGUAUGAAAUUAUCUAAGUCUCAAGUUUCUCUCAGUGUAGUUUAAUGUAGUACCCUUUUCAAUUGUCAUUUGUAUCUUUGUGUAGGUCCAACAGUAUGACAUAAUGCAGCACUAGGAAUAUUUAAAA